AUGGCGGCUGAACACUCACUAAAUACUCGAAGCCUACCUCUAAGCUACAGGCCCCAUCAAAAAACUGCCACAGAUACCCUGCAACGCCUCGAGGAAAUUUUCCUCCGGUUCUGGGAGAAACUGGACCAACGCAUAAAGACAGCCCAGACCAAUCCACAAACCAAGACACACGCCG